AUGACCGUUCCUAAGAAUCGCCCCAUGGCACCCUUUGGCACCAUUAUCAAAUCAAGGAUAAAACAACCUCAGUUUUACUGGUUUGUUGGCCAUUUUUUAACAAUCUUUAACUUUAUACAAUUUCAUCUCUCAAUCACGUCUAAACAAAACCAAUUGUCAUGCUACAGGAGGUCGUUAUUUUAUAUAGCCAUUACAUAUGCUAUCGUGCUUUACCAAUUCUUUAAAAGCGACCAGUUGAAGUUCAAUAUCACGCUUUUGCGACAAGAGAUCAAAAAAUUGGACAAUUUGCAGUACUUUUCCAUGCUAUUCAUACUCUUCAUCUUAUCACAGUUCAACAUCAUAAUCAGCGGCUCAUUAUACAGUCCUGUUAUUUUUUCUAUCUUCCACUUCCUAAAUUACUUCAAGGAAAAUCUACUACCAUUUCUACCAUUGUUACCACAUAAUCUGAAAAAUCUGUUGAACUCCAAAAUAACAGUGUUCAUUCAGAACUACAACGGGUUUUUCUUACAGAUGGCCCAAGUCUUCGAAAUUAUUUGCGGAUUGCGCGUGGGCCUUUUCUUAUUGCCCUUUAACCUUUUCCUAUUAGUGAUAAAAAGGUCAAAUGCAUCGUUUGAGGUAUUUGGUACGAUCCUAGCCGGUUUGACGUACCUGUGGUUCUUCAAGUUACGGUACUUACAAAGCGAAUCCUUAAGACAGAUUUUUAAGCAAUACGUUCUUAGAUUGGAUGCCUACAUCAGCCGUACCUUGCCCCCAUACUUUUCCCUUUUCUGGAGUGGCUAUAAGAAUUUCGUCAUGGCUGUGUUUUGGAAAAUACCUGUAUAG